AUGGUGGAUAUGCUAGUAAGGGGUCAACUAUACCUAGUGAUCACUAACAUCACCAAUCAUUUGUACAACAUGCUUCCCAUCAUUCUUAAGGUCACAGAAGAUGAUGCACUUAGUUACAAACUACCAGCAAUUUUUUAUGAGGUACCAGACAUGGUGGAUAUGCUAGUAAGGGGUCAACUAAAACCAGUGAUCACCAACAUCACCAAUUAUCUAAAUCAACUGCUUUCCAUCAUUUUCAAGAUCACAGAAGAUGAUGCACCAAGUUAUAAACUACUCAGAAUUUUUUAUGAGGUAUCAGACUUGAACACUACAGGGCACAUACAGUUGUUUGUGAAAAAUGCCAGGUGUUUCAAUUGGGUUACACCAUCUUAA